UUUUUUAUAAAAGACAGUGCUGGACUGAGGGACAUUGAGCAUUGAGCAGUCACCCCCAUCCACCGCCAACAUGACUGUGGGAAAGAUCAUCUUCUAUGAGGACAGGAACUUCCAGGGUCGGUCCCAUGAGUGCAGCAGUGACUGUGCUGACCUGCACUCCUACUUCAACCGCUGCAACUCCAUCAGGGUGGAGAGCGGCUGCUUCAUGGUCUACGAACGCCCCAACUUCAUGGGAAACCAGUACUUUGUGAGGAGGGGAGAGUACCCUGAUAACCAGCGUAUGAUUGGGAUCAAUGACUGUAUCAGGUCCUGCCGCAUGAUCCCUAUACACCGUGGCCAGUACAGAAUGAGAAUGUACGAUCGUCCUGACUUGGCAGGCCAGAUGAACGAGCUGAGCGACGACUGCCCCAACGUACAGGACCGUUUCCGAAUGUCUGACAUCAACUCCUGCAACGUGAUGGAUGGCCACUGGCUGAUGUAUGACCAACCAAACUACAAGGGCAAGCAGUAUUAUGUGAGGCCUGGCGAAUACAGGAGGUUCAGUGACUGGGGAGGCCAGAGUCCCAAGAUUGGUUCCCUCAGAAGGAUCACUGAAUUCAACUAGACAAGAACUCCUUUUUAAUUAUCAACUGUCAUUCUGUCCAUAAUAAACUUUGACUCAUAAUCAUAAACCUU